UGUUGGUCAACGAUUUUUGACUUCGAUGACCAGUGCUCGAUUAGAUAGUACCACGGUAUAAAUAGCUUAAACUUUGGUUGACAGAGCAUCAGUUGAUUCAGUUACCGAACCAGCUACCUAACCAGCUACCAAACCAGCCACUAAACCAGCAAUGGCAUUCUUCACUUACGGUUUGUACCAUUAAUUACUACCUUAACUCGUCUUUGCAAUAACUUCGCUUUCUACUAAUCUUGCCAAUAUUUGUGUAUACAUUGAAAUUCUCUCUCUUUUUUUUAUAUCUUUGGAAUACUAAACGUUUCAAACGUAUCUCUUCGUCUCGUUCUAAAAAUCGUAUGAUUGUAGUUUACAUCGUCGCGGCAUUCCUCGUCGCCGACUCCAUGCAGACGACCUUCCAGACCUGCAGCGGCCAACCUGCACCCACCAACGUGGUGAUCUCGGGAUGCAACUCGCUCCCUUGCCCCUUGAAGAGAGGUUCCAACGUUGAUGGAGCUAUCAGCUUCCACGUUCUUGAGAACACAAAAACCCUGAAGCCGGUGGUAGACGUACAGCUUGGAGAGAUGCACAUGAAGUACCCACUACCCCAGCAAGACGCUUGCAAGGACCUCACGAACGCACAGUGCCCAUUGGACAAGGGCGAGACCGUCACCUACCAUCUGAACAUGCCCGUCGAGAAAGCAUACCCGAAAGUUUCCAUGAUCAUCCAACUGGCUUUGGUCGACGAGCUUAACAAGACCCAGAUGUGCGUCAAGAUCCCCGCCAAAGUUGUUGACUAAUCAUCAAGGAAGGACUCACGCUUUUUGACAAAAUGGAACAUGUUCAUAUGAAUUGCAACCCUGAUAUUUAAAUAUAUAGAUUAAUUACUUAAUAGACGCUUCAUCUUAUCCCUUCCUCCCGAUUGUAAGACUUUAAUAGACACGCGUACAAUAAGAUAUAAUACAAGGCGAUCUAUAGUACACAAGUAUAGUACACAAGUAUAGUACACAAGCUAUAGGGGGGCUAGCUGUCGUCACAGUAGGAUAGUUAAGAGUUUAAGACUAUUAAGACGAUGCAGAAGUAAUGCAAGACAAAGUUACGAUAAGAAAAAUGGAAACAAGUCAGAAGUAUGUACUAGCGUAAUAACUAUGCCUGUAUAGUUAAUCAGUUUAAAUAAGUACGAGAUACAAUGCGAUAUCCAUAAAUGCAUAUCAAAAGUUCAGAGGUCGAAGCUGGCCAUGGAAACAGGUAAAUCUGAUGUACAAGCUUACGUUGUAUAUAACCCAGCUUUUGAGUAAUAGAAGAGCUUGCGUUAAAUUCACGCGUUACACACGUCCGUUGGGCGGAGAAAGGGAUGAGAUGAAAAUCCAGGGGGUUCGGGCGUAUGCCUGACCCACAUCUCCGCGUAACGAUCGACCCGGUCGCAUGGCUCUGAAAGAUAUCUAGCGACACCUUCGAACACUCUCAGAACGCGAACAAUCGUACCCUGAGAUACCAUAGCUGUAAGGGGCUCGGUGGGCCCCAACGGACUACAGGGCCUGUAGUACAGGCAUCCUCGAUAAGGACACUAAAAACUAAAGGAACAAAUGUACAUUGGGUGUUAUAGUCGAGUCGAUACGACUUCUCACCCUUAUAAAUAAAACUCGCACGCUCCUUUUACCAUUCCUUUUACCUUUUACCUUAUAAAUAAAACUCGCUCGCUCCUUUUACCAUUCAAGCUAUUAUUUUAGUCCAAAUUUGUGGCUUAAUUACAAAGUGUUUUCUCGAUGAUGAUC